AUGACGUUGAAGUUGUUAUUCCCCUCUAAGGCUGAAGGCGAUGGAAUCACACACGCUCUACAGCCUGAUGUCACUUCAGUUGAAGGUAUCGACAUUGUUGCUGUACAUGGACUCAAUGAAGACCUUGUUGGAGCCUGGACCGACAAGGCAACGAAAAAGCUCUGGCUUAGGGAUUUAUUGCCACUCGAUGAAUUUAUGACUGUUGCUCGUGUUUUGACCUUUGGAUAUGAUGGGAGUCCAUCGCAUUUUUUCGAUGCAGACGAGGAAACGGCACCAGUGACGACAAUCGCAAGGAAUCUUGUCUGCUAUCUUUCAGCCAACCGACAUAUGGCGAGAUGUGAUCAAAGACCUAUCAUUUUUAUCUGCCAUGGAAUGGGCGGCCUCAUCGUCAAGAAGGCGCUAAUGCUUUCCCGCGAUGAGAAAAGCCCCACGACCCACCAUCAACAAGGGAUAUUCACCUGCACUGCUGGGAUUCUGUUCUUCGGUACUCCUCAUGGCCAGGUUUCUGACCCUCAUAUUUGGUACCGAGCUAGAUAUCUUGUUGAUCUGCCAAAUACCAAAAAGCUCAAGCACACCUCCGCAUUGUGGUCGAUCAAUCAAGAUUUUACAAAGAUCCAACUGUGGUUCACGCAAAUAUUCUUUUGGGAAGAGAUUAAUCCUCGUGUUGUUAAUUCCUCUGCCGUCCCGCCAGGAAUGGAAGGGUCUAGUGCAGGGAUCUAUGCGACUCAUUCGGGCAUGGUUAAAUUCGCCGCACUUGAAUCUCCUGGUUAUUUAGUUGUCAGAUCCAAUCUUCUUCGCCUCUGCAAGGGCGCUGCUGGUCGCAUUGAACUGCGAAGGAAGAAUAAUGAGAAAGCUCUGUGUGACAAUUGGCAACAACAAUUAGCCAUCGAUCAUGGCAUAGGAAUGCAUAUGAGUCAAGCCACGAGUCCUUCGACGCCGAUGAAAGAGCCGCACCCGCACAAUAUCUUCAUGCUCCCAAAACACCAUCAUCUGGACUCCAACCAGUUUAUUGGUAGAGAGCAGGAGAAGACCAGGCUCAAAGAGGCAUUCAUAGAUCUGAGGAGACCCUCGUCAGAUGACUUUGCAAGGAGAUUCGUUGUGUAUGGUAUGGGGGGUGCUGGGAAAACCGAGCUUGCGUCCUGGUUUGCAAAACACUACAAACAUCGAUUUGAUGCCGUUGUGACCAUAGAUGCGACAUCAACAGAACGUAUCAAAUCUUCACUGGCUGAACUCGGUGAGAAGGGUGGUCUCGAAGCUACGGAGAAAUCAGGAGAACAUGUGCUUCAACAAUUUUGCAAGCCAGUUUUGCUUAUCAUCGACAACGCCGAUGACUCACGGUUCAAUGUGCUGGAACAUAUCCGGAUGAAUAAUCACGCUUCUGUGAUUAUCACCACAAGACACCCGAGCCUUUGUCGAGAUGCGAAUGUGGGAUUCUUGAAACUCCAGGGUCUGGGAGAGGACGAGUCUUUGCGGCUCCUUUUGACGUGCUCUAAGAUCGCUGAACCUUGGAACUUAGCCACGGAGACGGUUGGGAGAGCGAUAUGCGAGCUUUUGGGCCAUCUUGCUUUGGCACUGGUAGUCGCGGGAAGAUCUAUCCAGAAAGCAUUCCAUGGGCCUGAAAGGCUUCAGAAAUAUCUCGAUUUCUACAAUUCUAAAAGAGAGGCCUAUCAUUCGUCUCACCAUGAGCAGGAUGGUAUCGAGGGUGAUUAUCGCGAUCAGACGGGAAAGGGAUUUGCAUAUCCUGCAUUCGAAGUUUCUCUUGCACGUCUUCAGAAGAAUCAAUCGCAAUCCUGUCAAGACGCGAUUGAAAUUCUCAACAUCAUUGCUUUCUACCACCGCCAAAAUAUUAUGCUCGAUAUAUUCACGGAAGCAGCACGGAACAAAUCAUCAUCUUUCAUUGGCGCCGCCGCGUCUCUUCACAUGAGGCUGAAGCAUUGGGUCGCCGAAAGAUUCUGUCCACCGCGUGUCAUGCCUGCCUUCUGGAAUUCAGCAUCGCCAGGGAAGGAUACCCAUCGGGCACGAGACGGUAUGUCGGAGUUAAUCUCUUUAUCUCUUGUUAAUGUGGAUGAUACGACUUCUGAAUACUCCCUACACCCUCUGGUUUAUGACUGGGCUCGAGAUCGUCUCAGCGAAGGAGAACGGAAGCUCUGGGCACGGAUAGCACUGAAUAUCCUUGUUGAAGCAAUCAGAUUGACAUCCCAAAGCGACACCAACAGGCAGGAGUGUGUAAAAGAAGCCCACAAACAGUCCGAGUUUCACAGAAGCAUAUUAUCUCAUCUGGAUAUAUGUUUCCCUCUAUGCUCGAUUGAGAUAUCCAACUAUGACGAACUACUAUCAAGAGCGCGCCUUUAUGUUUCACCUUAUCUGUUUCCAACGUUUUUACACAUAGUUGGGGAGCAAGCAUCCAUUAUGGCCAAGGCGGGGUUCGUAUAUGGCGAAGGUGGCAGAUUUAAGGACUCUCUACUAUGUUUGCAAAAAGUGGAAAGACUCCUGUGUCGAUGGCUGGGAACCGGCAAUUCUAGAACAAUGGCUGUCAUGCUCGGACUUGCAAGGAUCCACUGGGGCUUGGGUCAGCUGGAUGAAGCCAUCAGACUGCAGAAAAUUGUGGUCAACGCCCGAGAAAGAAAUUAUGGCUCUGAUAACGAAGAAACGCUCGAAGCUACUGACGAGCUUGGGCGAUCUUACUGGCUGAACGGUCAAUAUACGGAGGCACUGGACUAUGCCGAGAGGACAAAGACACGCAUGAACAUCACCCUUGGGGAGGACGACGCACGGACUUUAGUUGCGAUGGACAGAUACGGAGUAGCUCUGCAAUCGUGGCACCGGUUCGAGGAAUCUGCUCGAAUUCAUGCAUAUGUUUUGGACAUGCGACAGAAAAAGCUCGAACCAGAACAUUUGGAAACACUUGAAUCGAAGAACAAUCUAGCCAUGGCGCUCAUGGACUUGAAGAGAUUCGACGAGGCUGAGAACCUAAUGCACGAAGUCUACAACCAAAGAACGACGAAACUUGGAAAAGAACACCCCUGGACUUUGUGGGCGCUGUGCUACCUCGCGAAGAUUAUGGUCAAAAAUGGGCAGCUUGAGCAGGCGGAGCAUUUGUUGCUUGGUGGCAUUGAUGCUGCUAAUAGAAGUCUGCCCGAAGACCAUCUGGGGAUCCUUAUGGGAAAAGGCGAACUCGCGCGCGUUUAUUCCAGACAAGGUCGUUUGGAUGAGGCUUUCAGCCUUCUAUCACACACGGUCAAGCGACUGGAGGAGACCCGAGGGCGAGAACAUCCAGACAGCUUUUACGCGAAAUGGAAAUUGGCAAUCCUCCACCAACGACGGGGCGAGGUUGAUCAGGCUAUCGAAGAGUGCCAAACCGCGGUUCAGAGGGCGCGAAUGAGGUUGACAGAUGCUCACCCCUUAGUCGGCAUAAUGCAGGCUGAUCUGCAUCAAUUUUGUCAGACCCAACAGCCUCAACAACAGCAAGAACAUACGGAUCCAGUACCCCUCAGCAAGAUCAAAGGCGUUAAACGUAGAUUUGAGUUUCGAGCACGAUUGACGUGGUGA